AUGGCGAAUACUUUUCCGUUUCCAGACAACGUUCAUCUCACCAGCUCUGUUACUCUUAAGCUGAAUGACACCAACUACCUUCUGUGGAAGACACAAUUUGAGCCUCUCUUGUCCAGUCAAACGCUUAUCGGCUUUGUCAAUGGAGCCGUCAAUGCUCUAGCUCAGACUCGCCUCAUCGUCAAUGGUGAAGUCUCCAACGAGGUCCCAAACCCUCAGUAUGAGUCGUGGUUCUGCACAGAUCAACUUUUGCAGUCUUGGUUGUUUGGUACUCUGUCUGAAGAAGUCCUUGGUCAUGUUCAUAAUCUGCAAACCUCUCGUGAGAUCUGGUUGUCUCUUGCAAAGAACUUCAACAAAAGCAGUGUUGCUCGAGAGUUCUCUCUCUGUCGAAGUCUUUAA